UUAAUGAAAUCUCAUUGUAGGAUGGGAGAGUUUCUAAUCGCCUUUUCUAUUUAUCAAUCCCACCAAAUGUAUUCGUAGAUGCUGUGAGAUGCAUCAGCCUCUAUGCUUCGUCUGAAAAUGGUUGGACGAGGGUCAUUGUAGAGAAGCCCUUUGGUAGGGAUACUGAAUCUUCAGCUGCCCUGACUAGAGAUUUGAAGCAAUAUCUGAAAGAAGAUCAAAUUUUCAGGUGUAGCAAUUAUGAAUUUUGUUUUUGUGGGGGAGAAAACUAUGGAAUAGGAAAAACCAAAAUAAAGGACCUCCAUUUUAUUACACAGGAUAGACCACUAUCUUGGGAAGGAGCUUGUGGAAAAUUUGUCGAUUCUUCGCUUUUCCAAUCUGAUUUUUGAACCACUAUGGUCAAGGCAGUAUAUAAGUAAUGUGCAGCUAAUCUUUUGCGAAGAUUUUGGUACUGAAGGAAGAGGAGGAUAUUUUGAUAAUUACGGGAUAAUUAGAGACAUAAUGCAGAACCAUCUCCUUCAAAUACUAGCUCUCUUUGCUAUGGAACCUCCUGUCAGCUUAGAUGCUGAAGAUGUUAGGAAUGAGAAGGUCUUUCUUUUCUUUGGUUUGUCUGUUAAAGUAAAUUCUAUUUUUUUUAACCUGAAAUUUUGAAUGCUCAUAAGGUAAAAGUUCUUCGGUCAAUGAGACCUUUGCAACUGGAGGAUAUUGUUAUAGGACAAUACACAAGCUCUACAAGAGAAGGGAUAACGUAUCCAGGAUAUAUAGACGAUAAAACUGUGCCAAAAGACAGCCUUACACCUACAUUUUCCGCAGCUGCCCUUUUCAUCAACAAUGCUAGAUGGGACGGAGUUCCAUUUCUUAUGAAAGCCGGAAAAGCUUUGCAUAAGAAGAGUACAGAGAUCCGGGUACAGUUCAGAAAGGUGCCAGGCAAUAUAUUCAAUAAAAAUUCAAGGAGAGAUGUAGAAGUUGGAACAAAUGAGCUUGUGAUCCAUGUGCAGCCAGAUGAAGCUAUUUGCUUGAAGAUCAAUAACAAGGUCCCUGGAGUGGGAAUGAAAUUGGAGUGCAGUAACCUAAACCUUCUAUACUCUGCAAGAUACUUGAAGGAGAUCCCAGAUGCAUACGAACGGUUAGUAUUGGAUGCAAUUGAGGGGGAGAGAAGAUUGUUCAUCAGAAGCGACGAAUUAGAUGCUGCAUGGUCUCUUUUCAGCCCUGUAUUGAAGGAGUUGGAAGAACAGAAAAUUAUCCCAGAGUAUUAUGAUUAUGGUAGCCAAGGCCCAUUUGGGGCAGACUUUCUAGCAGCAAAAUAUGGUGUUUCAUGGGGCAAUGAUCAUUCACCAGACAACAACUUAUGA